GUGGCCAUGUUUGCAUUACCAGCUGUCUAGAUGCGUGCUAGCUAGCUAGCCGGUUAGCUUGUUUGAGGUACCGUCGCCUCUUUAUUCCGGGGGGAACCGAACAGCCCCUUCACUCCCGUUAACCGGCCGCUCAGCCGGAAGUCGCAAUGCCGGUUCACUCCCGGGAGAAGAAAGAAAGCAACCACGAAGAAAUGGAGGUGGACUUCCCCGAGCAGGACGGCAGCAGCACAGACGAAGAGGACACGGUGAGCUCGUCCGUGUCUGAAGAUGGAGACAGCUCGGAGAUGGAUGAUGAGGACUGUGAGAGGAGGAGGAUGGAGUGUCUGGAUGAGAUGACCACCCUGGAGAAGCAGUUCACCGACCUGAAGGAGCAGCUGUACAAGGAGCGUCUGAGCCAGGUGGACAUCAAGCUGCAGGAGGUGAUGGCCGGCUGUGCCCAAGAGUACCUGGAACCUUUGGCCAACCUGCAGGAGAACAUGCAGAUCAGGACAAAAGUAGCUGGGAUCUACAGGGAGCUGUGCUUGGAGUCAGUGAAGAACAAGUAUGAGUGUGAGAUCCAGGCUGCCUGCCAACACUGGGAGAGUGAGAAGCUGCUGCUGUUUGACACUGUGCAGAGUGAGCUGGAGGAGAAGAUAAGAAGAUUGGAGGAGGACAGACACAGUAUUGACAUUACCUCAGAGUUGUGGAAUGAUGGAUUGCACUCACGGAAAAACAAGAAGAAAGACCCGUUCUGCCCCGUCAAGAAGAAGAAGCCCCUCGUUGUUUCUGGGCCGUAUAUUGUUUACAUGCUGCAGGACCUUGAUAUUCUGGAAGACUGGACCGCGAUAAGAAAGGCGAUGGCAUCACUGGGGCCACACAGGGUAAAGGUGGAUGUCCCGGCAGUCAAGCCGGACAGACAUCCCCACGUGGCGCGCUUCGAGGACGGGCGGCUUUUCUACGACAACCAGUGGUACUGCAGGGGACAGGCCAUCUGCAUCAACAGGAAGGACGAGUACCCAGCCAGCGCCAUCAUCACCGCCAUCAACAACGACGAGGUGUGGUUCAAACGACUGGACGGCACCAAGUCCAAGCUGUACAUCUCCCAGCUGCAGAAAGGUCACAAAGUGUCAUUUUCUCUGGAAUGGAGAUCAAUGCAAAGUGCUGCUAAAAAGAACCGAAGGUUGAGGAGCCGGAGCCGUGGUGGACGGUGAAGUGCGGAGCUCAGUCGCGUGCCUUUCUGAGACAGAACUGUCUCAAACUACCAAUAUCAAUGCAGCGAAGCCUUACUCUGGAGGACUGAAGCGGGUGAGGGGCCCUCAUCCAGGUGAGGAUUGCCUCGACAUGGUGUUGGAUUGGCCUCUCUGGACGCACCGGUUCAACUGGAAUUCUAUGCUCCAGAAAGCCUAAUGAAUCAUUUAGUAAAGACAAUGAACAAAUGUCAAUACGGAUUGAGAUGGAUCAUGAUUAAUACAUUUUAAAGGACGAUAUUCUAUUGUGAAAAAGAAUCAAAUAUAACUGUUCUUCAAGAACGCCCACUUGAAUUUUGUUAAAGCCACUGUACUAAAUGAUCUUCUGAUGUUUUAGUGUCAUUUUCACAGCACUAUGUAUGAAGUUCAACCCAAGGCCAGCCCCGUGCACUAAGAAAGGCUCAAAAGCCUGAACUGCAUGUUAAGCCUACAGAGAUGGAGGUGCCCUGUAUAUAGAGAUGACUGUUUCGUCUUCACUGUGAUUCUCCGUCUCUUCUCAUGUUGCCAUAUGUCUCAUAGUGCCUACUGUAAAACUUCACAUUGAAGGCAGGGAACGGGCUAAAGUUUUCUCUCCUCCACAGCUAUGAACUUUGGCUAUGGUGGUGGUUUGUAAUCCAUAGUGCCAUCUUCCCGUUUUGUUUGUCUUUCUUCAACCCGUUUUGUGUGCGCUAGGAUCGCUGGUUAAGUCCUGCGGUGUAAGUGUCACACAUGACAAAUCAAAAAGUAUUUCCCAAUCUCCGUCCUCUCCUUGACCCCCCAUUUUCUUCGUCCUUUCCGUCAGUCAACGUGUUCAACGGUGCGCUGAGGAAGCAGGAAUAAGAGAGUGUGUGUGUGUGUGUACAAUCCGUCCAAUCCAACCUUCUGUGUGUGUGUACAUGAUGCUUGAUUCAAUUAAGGGGACUUUGCUUUGUGUUGUGUUUACGGUGCUUUAUAUUGUCAGCAUUGCAUUCAUAUUUCAAAGUAUUAGCUGCCAGCAGUAUUGUAAAGAGAAGGAACAUUACAUCAUUUCACUGUUACCUUUUUAUGCAUUAUGGUUACUUUACCACGUUUGAGGUCAAAAGAAUGUGACAUUGUGCCAAUGCAUGUACAGCUGAAUAAAGAUUUUGUUUGUAUCAUUUGAA